AUGCAGAGAGGCGCGUUCAAAUUUACCCUGGAGAAGGCGGGGGCGCCCGUUGGCCCCGCCCAUCCGCCGUCCGUUGACCCCGCCCCUCCGCCGACCGUUAACCGCCCACGCGUUCAAAUCCCAACGGCCGCGCAGGCGGCUCCGCCCGUGUUGCUGCGCGGUGGUGCGUCCUUCUCUCCUCCCUCUUUCCCUCCCUGCGUGCGGCGGGCGGUGUCGGCAGCGCCGCCCGCUCCUCCCCGUGCUGCCGCCGCCCAGCCCGGGGAGCCCCGGCGCCCCGCGCUCCUUCUCCGCCGCGCCAUGUUGCAGCAGCUGCUGCGGCGCUGGGCGCUGCCCGCCGCCGCCUGCGAGGGCGGCCGCGACGCGGACUCGCGCUACGCCAACCUCUUCAGGAAGCUGGACCUCAACGAGGAUGGCCGCGUGGACAUCGCCGAGCUGCAGACGGGGCUGCGCGCUAUGGGCAUCCCCCUGGGCAAGGAGGCCGAGGAGAAAAUUUUCAAAGCUGGAGAUACGAACCAGGAUGGACAGCUAGAUUUUGAAGAAUUUAUGCGAUAUCUUAAAGAUCAUGAGAAAAAAAUGAAGCUGGCAUUUAAGAGCCUGGACAAAAACAAUGAUGGCAAAAUUGAAGCAUCAGAAGUUGUCCAGUCCCUCAAGAUACUGGGUAUAAACAUUUCAGAAAAACAAGCAGAAAAGAUCCUGCAAAGUAUUGAUGCUGAUGGGACAAUGACAGUAGACUGGAAUGAGUGGAGAGAUCAUUUUAUGUUUAACCCAGCUACAGAUAUUGAAGAAAUAAUUCGAUAUUGGAAGCAUUCCACUGUAUUGGAUAUAGGAGAUAGUUUGACUAUUCCAGAUGAGUUUACUGAAGAAGAGAAAAAGACUGGGCAGUGGUGGAAACAGCUGCUGGCAGGAGGAGUGGCUGGUGCUGUUUCUCGAACAGGUACCGCACCAUUGGAUCGUCUCAAAGUGAUGAUGCAGGUUCAUGGUUCAAAAUCAAGCAAAAUGAACAUAGCCAGUGGUUUUAAACAGAUGGUGAAAGAAGGUGGUGUCCGGUCUCUUUGGAGGGGAAAUGGUGUAAAUGUUGUGAAAAUAGCUCCUGAAACUGCUAUUAAGUUCUGGGCUUAUGAGCAGUACAAGAAGAUUCUCAGUAAGGAUGAUGGAAAGUUAGGCACCAUUGAAAGAUUCAUAUCUGGUUCUUUGGCUGGGGCAACAGCACAAACUUCAAUUUAUCCCAUGGAGGUUUUAAAGACCAGGUUGGCUGUGGGUAAAACGGGGCAAUAUUCUGGAAUGUUUGACUGCGCUAAGAAAAUCUUAAAAAGAGAAGGUGUGAAGGCCUUCUACAAAGGUUAUAUUCCUAAUAUUCUGGGGAUAAUUCCCUAUGCUGGCAUUGACCUUGCUGUUUAUGAGCUCUUAAAGACUACAUGGCUAGAACACUAUGCAUCAAGCUCUGCCAACCCAGGUGUUCUUGUAUUGUUGGGAUGCGGUACCAUUUCAAGCACUUGCGGGCAGCUGGCCAGCUACCCUCUUGCUCUUGUCAGAACGCGCAUGCAGGCUCAAGCCUCAGUGGAAGGUGCUCCUCAACUAAACAUGGUCGGUCUCUUUCAAAGAAUAAUUGCUACAGAAGGAGUACGAGGACUUUACAGGGGCAUAGCCCCUAAUUUUAUGAAAGUGCUUCCUGCUGUGAGCAUCAGCUAUGUUGUGUAUGAAAAAAUGAAGCAGAACUUGGGAAUAGCAUGAAGUGAUGGAAAAAGGUGAGAUGUUUCUAAUGUUGAAAACACCAGAGCAGAAGCUGUUUCUAAAGUAAUUUGUUCUCACAAUUAGAGACAGAUCUUUGGAGAGAUCUGUAACUUUUUUUUUCCCUCCCUCAGAGGGGAAGAAACUUCCUUGAUUUCCAACUCACCAUUUUUUAGGUUACCUAUAUUGCACUUUAAAAUGUCACUGAAUUUAAAAAAAAUCAAGAAAUUAUGUAUUUAAUCCAACAAUAUGUUCAUUUUUCAAGAGAUCAUGCAUAUUUUACUCUUAGUUUUUCUUGUAUUUGUCUUCCUGUAUAUUUGGAUCAGAUGAAACCAAAGGUAGGACAAGUGUAUACUGCCUUGACAUUAAAUAAACAAAAGUGACUUUCUUGUGACACUGCCUAUCCUCAAGCACAGGCAACACUUUGCACUUCUAGAAGUAAGCACUUAGUACUGUAGGCUUUUUUUGAAAAUGAUUUUUCAGAACUUAGGUUUAAAUUCGAGCAAGGAUGGAGUAACAUGUGAAAAUGUAGGCCAGCAUCUUUAUACUCAGACUGACCUGUCUUUUGUUUAAAGCAGUAAGAAUCUGAGAAACUGCUGUUCCACAAUAUUGGAGUACCUCAAAUGGUUUUAUAUGGUAUUUUUUUGUGAUAUUUAGUCAGUUGUUUCAAUAACUUGCAUCACUGGACCUGCAUUUGUAAAUGUUUGCAACACUAACCAUGACAAGCUUUGGCUUAGAGAUGCCCAUUUUGUAAGAUCAUAAUGUAUAGAAGUUGUUACUGUGUCCAUUCCAUGCAAGCCCAAUUUUUACCUUUUAAAAAUGGGUGAAGGGUUCUUAUUAAACUGAUAAAGAUGUUAGCUGUGUUGAAAGGAAUACACCAAGUUUGUCAAGCGUGUGGAUCUCGUCAUAGCUGCCUCGGUGGGAGAGGAUUGUCUCCCAUUUUGGACACUGUUUUCUUCCCUACUCAAAGGGUUAAAAAUCAAGUAUAUGCUUUUAGUCAAUAGUGGAUUGUGUUGUUAUGAAAUGAAAAGGUUUUAUCAGCUUAUAAUGUGAGAUGUAGCCUCUUUGCCUCACCAGCCUCUGGACUGUGUGUGUUGGCUCUCUGUGAAAUUGGGAUCAUAAAAUACGGAAGCAUUUUGAGUGACCAAAUGGAACUGUUGAGCCAUUCAUGUGCCUACUGGGUUCAUGCUACCGAAGCAAACACAGCAUGCAUGGAGAACCUCAGCACCCAAGAAACAGUUCCUCAUCCAAAAAGGAAGUACUCUCUAGCUGUAGAGAGUAGGUAUUUUCACAUAUAUUUAUUUCCAAAGGGUCUUCUGCAUUUGCUUUGGCAUGUUUCAGAUGCCUUCGGACCUGAAACAGGCUAACAGUUGUUGCAGAAAUGAUUUGUUCUGCUUUCUGCAAUCUGUAUGGUGUCUUAAUUUUGAUUUCUGCAAAGAUUAGUCUUAUGUUCAUCUUGAGCUUCUAGAAGCUACUUCUAUUAAACCUUUUCCUGAAGUGUGGUUAGUGCAGGAAGAACUUGGUUCUCAAACUAAAUUCCUGUCCUUUAGCCCUUGAGGGAAAAGGAGAAAGAACAAAAAGAACUCCAGAGGUUUGGUUCCAAAUGCAGAAGAGGUUGAGCCAUGUUCUUCAAAUAAUCAUAUUAAAAAAUCUGUCCUCAGUACUGCUGUGGUUACAGUUUAUUCUCUGUAAAUUGAUAAGUAAUUAUACAAUGUGUGUUUAAAAAUGUUGUAAUUUGGUUUUUAAGUGGCAACUUUAGCUGCAUCUUUUGAGAAAAAUUUGACUUUGCACUCUGAAAAGCAAAAAGUCAUUUUAUCCAAAUUCUGUCAUGUAUAAAAAGCCUUUCUGAUCCAAGUAUUUCUUUUUGCCAAUAUCCCUGUAUCUGUAUGGAACUUGAGUUGUGUUUCCUGGUUGUUGUGUUUGACUGUGACUGGUGAGCAGUGUGUGUGAUACAGCGAUGCCUGAAGCAGUGCCCAUCUUCUAGACAUUGUGUAAGUGCCAUUAUGAGUAUUGACAAUCAUGGUGGUGAUGUUUUCUGAUCUUCAAAACAUGGAGCCAUUCAGAUUUUAAUUUUUCAUUAUGUGCCUUUACAGUGACUGUGUUCAAAUUGUAUAUUCUUUGUCU